AUGGAGAUCCAGAACGGGGAGGCCCGUAACAAGGACGAUGACACAGCAGAUGACGGACUCCACCACAUCAGCAACGAAGAGUCUAACGAACUUCCGGACCAACCGAGACCUGACGCAACGGUGGUCCAUGAACCGAGUGCUGACGACAUCGACCCGCUAGUUGUGCAGGAAGAACGGCGCAGGCGCAUUGGCACAGCUCAGGAUGAGGAGCUCCGGUGGUCAAACCUCAAGACGGUGCUAAGGGGAGAAGAAGCGAAGCUUGGCUACAAAGCUGCACGCGAGGCCUGGAAGAUGGCUGACAAGUUCGUGUUAAGCGAAGAUGGCUUGCUGUAUUUCCUUGGUGCGAACCGUCGGUGGGGUCGCGACCGGGCCGAGGAGACGACACUACGUCUAGUGGUGCCAACAGCGAUGGUUCAGGAGAUCCUACAGAACUGUCAUGACUAG